AUGCGCGCGCAAAUCUUCCGUACCAACCUUGCUGUGCAGACCACUGUCCACUCUUCGCCACCCGACGUUCUUUCCUCAUCUCGUGUCCUACGUUCCGACGGGACUGACGAGACGUUUCUGCCGGAGGGAUCGAAAAUUUGCUCGGGAUGUUUCAGUUCCCAGAGGGCUAGUUCUCUUGUCCCCAAGGAGUCGCAGGACCGAAAGAAACCGACGAUGAGCGGAAAGCGUAGAAGCGGGGAAGACUCGAAGACCAUCAGACUGCUUGACGGACGCGAGGAUCAAUAUCCUCCGAUACCAUACUCCGAAAGCUAUAUACGAACCCAUUUCCACCGCCAAUAA